AGUUUUUUAUUGUUUUUAAACGACGAUGCCGCUAAGUUGUAUUCACUUGUCUGUAUGAAAGCAAUGACAAUAAAUAACUUGACUCAUUCAAAUAUGUAAGUCUAUUUGUUCCUUUAAAAAAAAAAUGGUUAAAAAAAAAUCAUAAAUGCAAUAAAUUAAAUAUCGUAACACUCUUAUUAGCGGGGAAAAUCAUCAGUUGAGUGUAAUCAUAACUUGUAAAUAACAAACUGACACCCGGAAAUAGUUUUAGAGACGAGGCGGGGUUAUACUGACAUCUUCUGGUCAUGUUUAGUAAGUGCAAGUCGGCCCCUUAAGCGCCUUAUUGAAGGAACAAAAUGUAAUAAUAAAUAUAUAAUGAACAUACACUUGAAAUGUCGUAAUACAUGUAAUAAAAGUACAUCGUAAAAGUUUACAAAGCGGAUUAUGUGUUCAGAGAAGACGGAGGAAGGAAACCGGAAGUGAGCGAGAACACGAUGAGGCGAACACUCACAAUAAAGAAGGAAGUAUAGGAUGAAAGAGAAGAAGUGAAAACAGAACACUUGUUAACUUUUAAAUGUACUAUUUGUGUUCUUGAGGUUCUGGACGCGCUCGUCACUUUUCUCCUGUGUGCCGCGCGCCCCCGCGCCGGCUGGUACCGCUCUCACGCGGGCCCGCGCGUCACGUGACCCCUGACUUUAAAAAAGGCGGAAGUCAUUGAUCACGACGCUCGUCACCGCCGACGUGAACGAGCAAGGUUCCCCCCGCGCGACGUGCUUAUGAGCCGGACGGGACCACGCCCCCCUCUGAAAGGCGGGAUGACGUCACGUAUUGAUCCUAACGGUUCGAUACUUGAUCAAUAAGCGCUUUGGGAUUUGCGGCUUCGUACCGCGGCCGAUGGACUCGGACAUAUUGUAGGCGUCGUGCAUGCGCGCCAGACAUGGCCGACUGCUACCCGGCCGGGCCGGAAGCCUCAGACAGCCGGACUGCGAGCCCGCUGACGGCCAAGAACCGAUACCAGAACCCGGCUCUGGGUCACAGCUUCAAGAGGGCCACGCUGACCAAACCCACGUAUUGUCACCACUGCAGCGACUUCCUGUGGGGACUGCUCGGCUUCCUGUGUGAAGUGUGCAACUUCAUGUGUCACGAGAAAUGUCUGAAGACGCUACGCUCGCCGUGCUCCAGCAUGGCGCCCUCUGCAGUGCGGGUCCCCGUGGCGCACUGCUUGGGCCCGGACACCGGCAAGAGACGCAUGUGCUGCGUGUGCAGGAAGCAGACGGAGGGAAACGCCGCGCUGCGCUGCGAAGUGUGCGAGCUCCACGUGCACGCCGACUGCGCCGCCUUUGCCUGCGCCGACUGCCGCCUUUGUCACACGGACGGAAGCCGGGAGCAGGGCACGUUUCACCACCACUGGAGGGAGGGCAACCUGGCGAGCAGCGCGAGGUGCGAGGUGUGUCGACGGUCCUGCAGCUCCUCCGACGUCCUGGCGGGAAUGAGGUGCGAGUGGUGCAACAUUACGUGUCACACGGCGUGUUACCUCAGCGUGGCGCCAGAGUGCACCAUGGGACGUCUGCGCCGCAUGACGCUGCAUCCAUCCUGUAUCCGCCUCCACUCCAGAAACUUCAGCAGGAUGCACUGCUACCGCAUCACCGAGGACGGCGGCGGCAUCCAUGACCUUGAUGACAGCGAAGGCGCCGACCAGUCUGCUGUGGCGUCUAAAGACAGUCAGCCCACCACACCCGACCACGGCAAGCAGCUUCUUAAAGUCUUUGACGGCGACGACGCCCUCAGACGGGGUCACUUCCGCCUGGUCUCCAUCGUCAAGGCCAACACCAAUGAGGAAGUUCUGGGGGCAGCACUGAGGGCCUUCUACCUGCCAGAUGACUACCAGGACUAUCAGCUGCAAGAGGUAGGCGGUCUUCAGCGUCUCCAAAGCGACGAUGUCCUGAACCGGAACAGCGGGCCGGACAACAGAACCUCCCUGAAGGACGGCGGCGACUCCUGGCUGCUCAGGAAGAAAGACGGCGACAGCGAGGUCAUCAAGGUGUACGCCGGCUGGCCCAGGUCCGGAGCGAAGUACGUGACCGUGUCCGUGUCCAGGGACAGCACCGCAGAGUCCGUCCUGGCUGAAGUCCAUGAGCAGCUGGGAGACGACGGGACAGGAAGUGAUCUGCAGGAAGUGUGGAUGAGCAGCAAACAAGUGCAGAGACACACGCUGACGCCAUGCCAGAAGAUUGUGGACAAGCUACAGGAGAUCCGCAAGGUGUCUCUGCGCCAAAUGAACCAGACCCGCUUCUGCGCCGUGGAGAGGCGGAACCACCCGGUGCAGGUGAGCCUGCUGAUUGGAGGGUUGCCCCUCGAGUUGAGCAGAGAGGAGUACUGGCAGCUGAUCCAGGACCACUUGACCGCCAAGAGUCACCUGGUCGCCAUGAGCCACGCCUACCCCAGCCAAGGCGCCGUGGCGUUGCAGAUGUCGUGUUUCUCCGAGGCUGAGCGAGUCUUCAUGUUGGCCAAAGACACGAGCGUCGACAGCAAGUCGCUCUGGUCGCUCGUCAUCCCAGACAUCGUGCACGACAAGCUCGGCGAGGACGUGCGCCCUCUGCUGGUGUUCGUCAACCCGAAGAGCGGCGGUCUGAAAGGAAGAGAACUUCUCUACAGCUUCCGGAAGCUUCUCAACCCGCACCAGGUCUUCGACAUGACCAACGGCGGACCGCUGGCAGGCUUCCACGCCUUCCGGGACCUUCCGAGGUUCCGGGUGCUGGUGUGCGGCGGGGACGGGACCGUGGGCUGGGUGCUGGGGAUGCUGGAGGCGGUCCGCCAAAACCUGGCCUGCCGGGAGCCGCCGGUCGGCAUCGUCCCGCUUGGAACAGGUAACGACCUGGCCCGUAUCCUGCGCUGGGGGCCGGGUUACAGCGGCGAGGACGCCGCCCACAUUCUCCCCCACGUGGAGGAGGCGGAGGAAGUCCUUCUGGACCGCUGGACCAUCCUGCUGGACGCGCAGGACCUCUCCGAAGGCGGCAAGGAGAACUUCCUGGAACCGCCCAAGAUCGUCCACAUGAACAACUACUUCGGACUCGGCAUCGACGCCGAGCUCAGCCUGGACUUCCACCUGGCCCGCGAGGACGACCCCGAUAAGUUCACCAGCAGGUUCCACAACAAAGGCGUGUACGUCAAGGUGGGCCUGCAGAAGAUCAGCGCCACCAGGAGUCUGCACCGGGAGCUGCAGCUGCAUGUGGACGGCCGGCAUGUGCAGCUGCCCAACAUCGAGGGUCUCAUCUUCCUCAACAUCCCCAGCUGGGGCUCCGGUGCUGACCUGUGGGGGUCUGAGGUGGACGGUCGCUACAGGAAGCCCAGCAUGAGUGACGGCAUGCUGGAGGCGGUGGGCGUGACGGGGGUGGUCCACAUGGGUCAGGUGCAGAGCGGUCUGCGAUCAGGCAUCCGUAUCGCACAAGGGACGUACUUCCGUGUGACUCUGAGGAAGUCCUUCCCUGUGCAGGUGGAUGGAGAACCUUGGCUGCAGCCUCCUGGUCACAUCAUCAUCUCUGCUGCUGGACCUAAGGUGCGCAUGUUGCGCAAGUCCAAACACAAACCGAAGAAGUCGGCGGGCGGCGCCAAGGAGGCGCGCUCCGAGAGCUCCGCCUCUUCAGACGGUGUCCAGCUGUGAGAGUCGCAGCGACUUGAAGGUGGACGACGCGGACGUGUGUUGACACGCCCAGGUCGCCUUCGAAUGUUAAGCUGACAUGGCGACGACCAAGUUAAGUCUUCAUCAAGAUGGCACCACAACGUUUCUACUUGACGCCAAUCACCACCUCAUUCUUCUUAGCUUACAUGUUUAUACGUGUGUUAGCUUACAUGUUUAUACGUUUGUUAGCUUACAUGUUUAUACGUGUGUUAGCUUACAUGUUUAUAUGUGUGUUAGCCAACAUGUUUAUACGCGUGUUAGCGAAUUUGUUAAAACACGUUUUAGCUUACAUGUUUAUACACGUGUUAGCCAACAUGUUUAUACGCGUGUUAGCCCACAUGUUUAUACGCGUGUUAGCUCAAAUGUUUACGUGUUAGCUCAAAUGUUUAUACGCAUGUUAGCCAACAUGUUUAUACGUGUGUGAGCUUACAUGUUUAUACGCGUGUUAGCCAACAUGUUUAUACGUGUUAGCUCACAUGUUAAUACGCGUUAGCUCACAUGUUUAUACGUGAGUUAGCUCACAUGUUUAUACGCGUGUUAGCUCACAUGUUUAUAAGCGUGUUAGCGAAUAUGUUUAAACACGUUUUAGCUUACAUGUUUAUACGCAUGUUAGCGAACAUGUUUAUACGCUUGUUAGCGAACAUGUUUAUACAGUUGUUAGCGAACAUGUUUAUACACUUGUUAGCGAACAUGUUUAUACACUUGUUAGCUUACAUGUUUGUACACUUGUUAGCGGACAUGUUUGUAUACUUGUUAGCGAACAUGUUUAUACACUUGUUAGCGAACAUGUUUAUACACUUGUUAGCGAACAUGUUUAUACACUUGUUAGCGAACAUGUUUAUACACUUGUUAGCGAACAUGUUUAUACACUUGUUAGCGAACAUGUUUAUACACUCGUUAGCGAACUCGUUUAUACACAUGUUAACUUGUUUAUACGCGUGUUAGCAAACAUGUUUAUAUGCAUGUUAGCUUACAUGUUUAUACGCGUGUUAGCUUACACGUUUAUACACGUGUUAGCGUGCAUGUUUAUACUAAACACUUGUUUAUACGCGUGUUAGCUUAGAUGUUCAUUGGCGUGUUAGCUUGGAUGUUGACAGGCGUGUUGGUUUACAUGUUUAUACGCGAGCUAGCUUACAUGUGUAUACGUGUGUUAGCUUAAGUGUGUACGUGUGUUAGCUCACAUGUUUAUACGCGUGUUAGCUUACAUGUUUACCUUAGCUUGAGCAUCGUAGCAAAACUGACAAUGCUAAUCUUUAUUUAAGAGACGGAUCUAAUUGGAUUUGUACUACCACCUGAGAUUAGCUAAUGUUAGCCUAGCCCAGUGCUUCUCCCUUAUAUUCUUCUCAUGCCCCCCAAAGUUGAUAUUGUUUAUUUUUUUUGUAUGUGUCAAUAGAAUUUUUUACAGAUACUUAAGUUGCUAUUAUGUUAUAGCAUCUCACGCCCCCCUAAAGUCAAUAUUUAUUUUUCUGUAUGUGUAAAGAUAAACUCCUAAUAGCCUCUCACGCCCCCACCAAAGUCAAUGUCUGUUUAUUUAUCUGUAUGUGUAAAGAUAGACGCCAUCACACUAUUGCUUCUCUUGCCCCCCCCUAAAGUCAAUGUUUGUCUGUAUGUGUAAAGAUAAACUCCAUGAGGCUAUUGCCUCUCACGCCCCCUAAAGUCACUGUUUAUUUAUUUAUCUGUAUGUGUAAAAAUGGACGCCAUCACAAUAUUGCCUCUCACGCCCGCUUAAAAUAAAUGUUUAUUUAUCUGAAAAGAUAAAUUCCAUUAGGCCAUUGCCUCUCACGCCCCCCGAAAAAUCAAUGUUUAUUUAUCUGUAUGUGUACAGAUAGACGCCAUCACACUAUUGCCUCUCACGCCCCCUUGAAAUCAAUGUUUAUUUAUCUGUAAAGAUAGACUCCAUUAGCCUAUUGCCUCUCACGCCCCCUAAAGUCAAUGUUUGUUUUUUUAUCUGGAUGUGUAAAGAUAGACGCCAUCACACUAUUACCUCUCACGCCCCCCUAAAAUCAAUGUUUAUUUAUCUGUAAAGAUAAACUCUAUUAGGUUAUUUCCUCUCACGCCCCCCCAAAAAUCAAUGUUUAUUCAUGUGUAGAGAUAAACUCCAUUAGGCUAUUGCCUCUCACACCCCCCUAAAGUCAAUGUUUAUUUAUUUAUCUGUAUGUGUACAGAUGAACUCCAUUAGCCUAUUGCCUCUCACGCCCCCCUAAAGUCAAUGUUUAUUUAUUUAUCUGUAUAUGUAAAGAUGAACUCCAUUAGCCUAUUGCCUCUCACGCCCCCCUAAAGUCAAUGUUUAUUUAUCUGUGUGCAAAGAUAAACUCCAUCAGGCUAUUGCCUCUCACACCCCCUUAAAGUCAAUGUUUAUUUAUUUAUCUAUCUGUUUGUGUAAAGAUAAUCUCCACUAGCCUAUUGCCUCUCACGCCCCCCAAAAGUCAAUGUUUACUCAUGUGUGUAAAGAUAAACUCCAUUAGCCUAAUGCCUCUCACGCCCACCCUAAAGUCAAUGUUUAUUUAUCUUUGUGUGUGUGUGUGUUUGUGUGUGUGACGAUAAACUCCAAUAGGCUAUUGCCUCUCACGCCCCCCCCCCCAAAGUCAAUGUUUAUUUAUCUGUGUGUUAAGAUAAACUCCAUUAGCCUAUUGCCUCUCAUGCCAACCCUAAAAUCAAUGUUUAUUUAUCUGUGUGUGUAAAGAUAAACUCCAUGAGGCUAUUGCCUCUCACGCCCCCCUUGAAGUCAAUGUUUAUUUAUUUAUCUGUAAGUGUAAAGAUAUUGUCUCUCCGGACCCCCUGAAGUUAAUUUUUAUUUAUGUAUCUGUAUGUGUAAAGAUAUAGGGCAUUAUUGCUAUUGCCUCUCACCCCCCCCCCCCCCCCCAGAGUCAAUGUUUAUUUAUAUAUGUGUAAAGAUAAACUCCAUUAACCUAAUGCCUCUCACGCCCCCCCUAAAGUCAAUCUUUAUUUAUCUCUGUGUGUGUGUGUGUGUGUGUGUGUGUGUGUGUGUGUGUGUGUGUGUGUGUGUGUGUGUGUGUGUGUGUGUGUGUGUUGACUAGAAACUCCAAUAGGCUAUUGCCUCUCUCGCCCACACCCAUUUAUCUGUAAGUGUAAAAACAUUGCAUCUCACACCCCCCGUUUAUAUAUCUGUAUGUGUAAAGAUAUAUGCCUUUCGGCUAUUGCCUCUCACACCCCCCCACCUCAAAGUCAAUGUUUAUUUAUCUGUAUGUGUAAAGAUAAAAACUCCAUAAGGCUAUUGCCUCUCACACCCCCUCUAAAGUCAAUGUUUAUUUAUAUAUCUGUAUGUGUAAAGAUAUACACCUUUUAGGCUAUUGCCUCUCACACCCCCUCACCCUCCAAAGUCAAUGUUUAUUUAUCUGAAUGUGUAAAGAUAAAAACUCCAUGAGGAUAUUGCCUCUCACGCCCCCUCUGAAGUCAAUGUUUAUUUUUUUAUCUGUAUGUGCAAUGAUAAAAACUCAAUUAGUCUAUUGCCUCUCACGCCCCCUCUAAAGUCAAUGUUUAUUUAUAUAUCUGUAUGUGUAAAGAUAUAUGCCUUUAGGCUAUUGCCUCUCACACCCCCUCACCCUCCAAAAUCAAUGUUUAUUUAUCUGAAUGUGUAAAGAUAAACUCCAUUAUGCUAUUGCCUCUCACGCCCCCUCUAAAGUCCGUUUAUUUAUGUAUCUGUAUGUGUAAUGAUAUAUGCAUCUAGGCUAUUGCCUCUCACGCCCCACCCCCUAAAGACAAUGUUUAUUUAUCUGUAUGUGUAAAGAUAAAAACUCCAUUAGGCUAUUGCCUCUCACGCCCCCUCUAAAGUCAAUGUUUAUUUAUCUGUAUGUGUAACGAUAAACUCCAUGAGGAUAUUGCCUCUCACGCCCCCUCUUAAGUCAACGUUUAUAUAUCUGUAUGUGUAAAGAUAUUGCCUCUCACGGCCCCCUUUUUGACAUUUCAGGGCAGGGUUAGAGAAGCGCUGGGCUAGCAUGUGAGCUAACGUGAGAAGGGUGUUUUGUUUACAUGACAAUUUGAGAUUAUCUUUAGCUUAGCGGGCUAGCUAAUGGGUAUUGAAGAGAGGGAGGCCUCCUUUGACGACACAACAGCAACACAAGACUUCAUUUCUUUGGUGCUCAGACGUGGACUAAUGUGGGUUCUUACUUCCUGUGUGUGUCUUGUCUUUUUUUACUGCCGACAAAGUGGGUCAAGUUGCCCCUCCUCCUCUUUUAACUUUUUUUGAAAGACAUUUUGUUUUGAGUGACGUCAUCCACCCUUGUCAACGUCUCCCAAAUGGUUUUGUCCGACUAAUAUAGUUUAUUAACGUUUGUAAGGUGUUAUUGUUCAUGGAAGACCCCCGCCGCACCUUGUCAAAAUCUCCCCAAACGUGUUCAGUUGCAUUCAAUGUGUUGUCUAUUAUACUUUUUAAUUUUAGUAUUUUAUUUUAGUAUUAUUAGUCAUAACAAGCCCCCCGCCCCACACACAUUGUCAAAACAUGUAAGCAUAGCACAUCAAACAUAAUGUCAAUAACAAAAUAAUACUAAAUGUAAUACGUUAAUAACUUAAUGACACUUUAAUAACACAUUCAUAACCUAAUAACACUUUAAUAACACAUGAAUAACAUAAACACUUCAAUAAUAUAACACGUUAAUAACUUAACAAUUUAAUAACACAUUAACUUAACACUUUAAUAACGUAACACUUCAAUAACUUAUCACUUUAAUAACAUAACACAUUAACUUAAUAACACCUUAAAGGCCUACUGAAAUGAGAUGUUCUUAUUUAAACGGGGAUAGCAGGUCCAUUCUAUGUGUCAUACUUGAUCAUUUCGCGAUAUUGCCAUAUUUUUGCUGAAAGGAUUUAGUAGAGAACAUCCACGAUAAAGUUUGCAACUUUUGCUCGCUAAAUAAAAAGGCCGUGCCUGUACCGGAAGUAGCAGACGAUGUGCGCGUGGCGUUACGGGUUGUAGGGCUCCUCACAUCCUCAUAUUCUUUACAAUCAUGGCCACCAGCGGCUAGAGCGAUUCAGACCGAGAAAGCGACAGUUUCCCCAUUAAUUUGAGCGAGGAUGAAAGAUUCGUGGAUGAAGAAAGUGAGAGUGAAGGACUAGAGAAAAAAAAAAUAAGAUAAGAUAAGGGUUGUACUUAUAUAGCACUUUUCUACCUUCAAGGUACUCAAAGCGCUUUGACACUACUUCCACAUUUACCCAUUCACACACACAUUCACACACUGACGGAGGGAGCUGCUAUGCAAGGCGCCAACCAGCACCCAUCAGGAGCAAGGGUGAAGUGUCUUGCUCAGGACACAACGGACGUGACGAGGUUGGUACUAGGUGGGAUUUGAACCAGGGACCCUCGGGUUGCGCACGGCCACUCUUCCACUGCGCCACGCCGAAAAGAAAAAGAAAAGGGGACGGCUCCAGGCGGCGGCAGUGGGAGAGUUUCAGAUGUAAUUAGACACAUUUAUUAGGAUAAUUCUGGAAAAUCCCUUAUCUGCUUAUUGUGUUAAUAGUAUUUUAGUGAGAUUAUAGUCAUACCUGAAAGUCAGAUGCCUGUGGUGAACGCCAAUGUCUCUCAGAGAAGCCACGGAGGAGCCAAGAUCACAGCUGCGCUGCAGGAUGAGGUCGCAUAUUCCCCUCAAGUCUCCGGUAAGAGCCGACUUAAUAUCAUAAUUUUCCCAUCCAAAGACUUGCUGGUUGACGUAGAGAAACAUGUUUGCUUGACCGUUCUGUGUUAAAGCUUCACAACAAAUAAAAAAACACCGGCUGUGUUUUGGUGCUAAAGGCAGCUGCAAUCCACCGCUUUCCACCAACAGCAUUCUUCUUUAUAGUGUCCGUUAUUAAUUGAACAAAUUGCAAAAGAUUCAGCAACACAGAUGUCCAAAAUACUGUGUAAUUAUGCAAUAAAAACAGAGUACUUUUAGCCGUGAGGGGUGCUGGGAGAACAUGUCCGCUCCAACCAAUAACGUGCUAAGCACGCGUCAACAUAAGCGUCAUCAUUCCGCGACGUUUUCAACACGACACUUCGCGGGAAAUUUAAAAUUGCAAUUUAGUAAACUAAAAAGGCCGUAUUGGCAUGUGUUGCAAUGUUAAUAUUUCAUCAUUGAUAUGCGUGGUCGGUAGUAGUGGGUUUCAGUAGGCCUUUAAUAACAUAACACGUUAAUAACUUAAUACCACUUUAAUAACAACAUGUUAACUUAACACUUAACAUCACACGUUAACUUUAUAACACUUUAACAUAACAUAUUAACUCAACACUUUAAUAGCAUAACACAUUACCUUAUUAAUAACGUUAAUAACUUAACACUUUAAUAACAUUUUAAUAACUUAAACACUUAACGUUAUUAACGUGUUAUGUUUUUAUGUGUUUUUAAGUUAUUAACGUUAUGUUUUAAAGUGUUAGGUUAUUACUGUGUUUUUAAAGUUAUUAAGUUAACAUGUUGAGUUGACAUGUUAUGUUAUUAAAGUGGUAUAUAAGUUAAACAUGUUAUGUUAUAUUAGUGUUAAUAAAGUGUUAAGUUAAUGUAUUAUGUUAAAGUGUUAUUAAUGUUUUAUUAAAGUGUUAUUAAGUUAAUGUGUGGCGUUAUUAACUCAUGUUAUUACAGUGUUAAGUUAUUAACAUGGUACAUUUUAAAGUGUUAAGUUAUUAACAUGUUACGUUAAUGAAGUGUUAUUAAGUUAAUGUGUUAUGGUAAUUAAGUGUUAUUGAAGUUCUUCGUUAAUGUUUUAUGUUAAAAUGUUUUUAACGUGUUACGUUACUAAGAUGUUAUGUUUUAAAGUGUUAUGUUAUUAACGUGUUGUUAUUAAAGUGUUAAGUUAACGUGUGAUGUUAUUUAAGUGUUAAGUUAUUUACAUGUUAUGUUAGAGUGUUAAGUUAAUGUUUUAUGUUAUUAAAGAGUUAACGUGUUAUUAAGUUAAUGUGUUACGUCAUUAACAUGUUAUGGUAUUAAAGUGUUAAAGUAAUUUUUUAUGUUAUUAAAGUGUUAUUAACGGGUUUUAGUGUUAUUAAGUUAAUGUGUUAUUAACGUGUUACGUCAUUAACAUGUUAUAUUGUUAUUAAAGUGUUAUUAGGUUAUUAACUUGUUAUUUCUAUAACUAACUUGUGAAAAGCUCCCAAAACGUGUCCCAAACGCAUUAAGUUAUUGUGUUAAGUGUUAGAUAUUAACGUGUUAUGUUUUACACUUAGUAACAUAACACGUUAAUAACUUAACACUUGAAAACAUAACAUUUAAUGACUUAACACUGUAAUAACAACACUUUAAUAACUUAAAGUUAUUAACGUGUUAUGUUUUUUAACACUUAACACACCAAUAACUUAACACGUUUGGGACACGUUUUGUGAGCUUUUCACAAGUUGGUUAUAAGAAAUAACACGUUAAUAACCCUAAUAGCCCUUUAAUAACACGUUAAUAACUUAAGCAUUUUAAUACCAUAACACGUUAAUAGCAAUACUUUAAUAACACGUUAACAACUUAACACUUUAAUAACAUAACAUGCUGAUAACUUAACACUUUAAUAACACGUUAAUAACCCAAUAACACUUUAAUUACAUAACACGUUAAUAAAUUAACACUGUAAUAACAUAACAUAUUAAUGACUUAACAUUUAUUAACAUAACACGUUAAUAACGUAAACACUUUAAUACCGUAACACUUUAAUAACAACACGUUAACACGUUAAUAACUUAACCUUUUAAUAACAUAACAUGCUAAUAACUUAACACUUUAAUAACGCGUUAAUAACCCAAUAACACUUUAAUUACAUAACACGUUAAUAGCUUAACACUGUAAUAACAUAACACGUCAAUGACUUAACACUUUAAUAACAUAACACGUUAACCUGUUAUGUUUUAAAGUGUCAACAUUUUAAAACAUAACACGCUAAUAACUUAACACUUUAAUAACACGUUAAUAACCCAAUAACACUUUAAUUACAUAACAUGUUAAUAAAUUAACACUGUAAUAACAUAACAUAUUUAUGACUUAACAUUUAUUAACAUAACACGUUAAUAACUUAAACACUUUAAUACCGUAACACGUUAAUAGCAACACUUUAAUAACAACACGUUAACACGUUAAUAACUUAACAUUUUAAUAACAUAACAUGCUAAAAACUUAACACUUUAAUAACGCGUUAAUAACCCAAUAACACUUUAAUUACAUAACACGUUAAUAACUUAACACUGUAAUAACAUAACACGUUAAUGACUUAACACUUUAAUAACAUAACACGUUAAUGUGUUAUGUUUUAAAGUGUCAACAUUUUAAAACAUAACACGUUAAUAACUUAUCACUUUAACAUAACAUGUUAAUAACUUAAUAACACUUUAAUAACAUAACAUGUUACCAACUUAAUAUUUUAAAUCAUAAAAUGUUAACACUUUAAUAACUUAACACUUUCAUAUCAUAACUCGUUAACUUAACACUUUAAUAAUAUACCGUGUUUAACUUAACACUUUAAUAACACGUUAAUAACACUGUAAUAACAUAAAACGUUGAUGACUUAAUGCCACUUUAAUAACAACAGCUAACACUUAAAAAACAUACCACUGUGACGGCAUGACAAUAACGUAAUAACACGUUUUGGGAGAUUUUCACAAGUCGCUUAUAGUAAUAACACGGUAAUAACAUGAAAAAAAAUGUCAAAAUCAGGUACAAGUUUUGGGAGAUUUUGGCUGGAUGAGGUGAAAAGGUAUUUUACGUGAGUGUUAUUUGAAUAUUUCCAUACAAGUCCAACACUGGUCACGUGACCAAAAAAAGGAAGGUUCCAUUGGUCCACUCCACACCUGGUCAUCAGGAGUGGGACGUCCCUGCUGUUGUGUGUCGCUGCUACAUGCUAACGUCCUGUCCUAGUGUCUUAACGGGUGACGUCACGAUGACGUCCUCGCCUGGCUCUGUGCCAAGUGGCAGCACAGUGCAGUAGUGCCGUGUGCCAAGUGUGUAAACAUGACGUCACGUGGGUUCAAUAAAGAUCACAGACUGGCUUCAUUCAA